AUGUUAGUCCAUAUGUAUACACUGCGAAAAGCAAUCGUCUUGGGCCCACUCUUCGCGGCUUGCACGCUUGGUGAAGACUUAUUUGUGUCGCAUUAUGCCGGUCAUGUUUCUUCUUUGUCUCUGCAAGGGACCAGUCUUACCGAAACAUCCAAGGUGAAAGCCUGUGGAUCGCUACCGUCAUGGCUCACGUUUGAGCCUCACACCACGAAGACUUUGUACUGUUCCGAUGAGCAAUCUGACGGUGGUCAUGGCUCUCUCAGCGCCCUAAGUAUCACUGAAGAUGGGAAGCUUACGCCCCAGGUGAAGGUGGAUGCUCCUCCGAGUGGUGUAGCUAGCACUCUGUACGGUGGUGACAGUGGCAUCGGAUAUAUCGCGAUCGCGCAUUAUGGAUCAUCAACGGUCUCAACUUUCAAGCUGCCACUGACAGCUGCGUCGACAACGCAGAGAACAUUCAAUUAUAAUCUAUCUUCCCCGGGUCCCGAUCCAGCCAGACAGGAUGCUUCUCAUCCACAUCAGGUGCUCACUGAUCCAACGGGCGCGUACAUCUUUUCGCCUGAUCUUGGAGCCGAUACUGUUCGCGUCUACUCCGUCGAAAAGGAAAACGGAAUGCUGAGCGAAUGUCCUGGUCUGAAUGUGACCGGUGGUUCAGGGCCGCGACAUGCUGCAUUCUGGACGCCACCUUCAUCGUACUCGCGCAUCAGUCGUACGAGAGCAGGGACCAAAUUGUUUGUACUCAACGAGCUGAAAAACACGAUAAGUGCUUACAGCGUGUUUUAUCCCGCACACGGGUGUCCGUCGUUCAACAAGACUCAGGAGUUGAGUCCAUACCCUGAGAACAAGGCAGCUCCUUCCGGUGCUGGUGCUGGUGAAAUCCAUGUCAACGGCCAAUUUAUCUACACGUCGAAUCGGAAUGACGGGUCGUUCUCUGGUAAUGACUCCAUAGCAACAUGGUCUAUCUCGCCCAUGGGCGACAUGUCGUUCCUGACCUUGACGCCUUCUUAUGGCUCAUACCCACGGACAUUUUCGAUCAACAAGGCCGGAGAUAAGAUGGCAAUCGGAAAUCAAAUAUCAUCAAAUGUUGCAAUUGUUUCCAGAGACACGGAGACAGGCCGGUUGGGUGAAUUGGUCGCAAAUUUGAGAGUCGGCCCAGUCGGAACGCCGAAAAAGGGAGACGGUCUGAGCAGCGUCAUUUGGGCGGAAACUCGCCGGUCAAAUCUCCGCCGCUCCAGUAUUCAGGAUCCUACGAGAAAUCAGAAACUCCUCAUCGAAAUGAAGACUGACAACUACACUAAUCUGUGCCUCGAGCAGGCGGCCUCCUCUCCCCUGCACUUCCGACAUGGUUGCAUCAUCGUCAGCGGCGGCAAAGUCCUCGGACGCGGCUUCAACGACUAUCGCCCAGGUUUCAACAGCGGCGUCCUGAAGAGUGGCCGCACGGGCUUGUCCACCUCCAUGCCUGCUGCGACCCAGCACAAGACAAAGUCCAAGUUGUCGAAGCACAAGCCAAAGCCCAAGCCAAAUAAUCGGGGCUUUUCUAUGCCGUUGUCCCUGCAUGCCGAGAUGGCUGCCAUCCACUCCGCUCUAGCCACCUCCACCGCGAACUCUGGCAGGAUCCAGUGUUCUCUUAAACCGACGUUCAAAGUACCGGGUGGUUCCAAACGAAAACGAGCCCGGGCAGCCGUUCUUGAGGAGUUCAAGAGUCGGGUUUUGAAGGGCCUGCAUAUCAACCAGAGUGGAGGGAACAAGAAUGGCAAGCACAAGGUGUUGGUGAAGAACGAGAAUGGGAAGGAGAAGAAUUCGAAUGAGCGUUCGGAGCGCGAGGUGAAAUCCAGUCCGUCGGGGGCUAAGAUUUUGUCGUCGUUGAAGCAGCAAAGACAUAAUGAUGUCCGGCAGCGGGUGAAGUAUCCGGGUCUUCAUGGCGCGGAUCUGUAUGUUGCUCGUCUCUCGAACACGCCCGCCUCACCGUCUUGUGGUCAUGAUGUCUCAGAGCCUAGCGCGCCUGCCAAGUCAUCUCGGCCGUCGAGUCUGUCCUCGCUCCACGAUGAACUCAGUGAUGCAUGUCAUAUAUCAGAAGUCUCAGCGACUGUCACAGAAAUCACUGUUCCGACACCGCGAGCCACAUGUUCUCGGCCGUGUUAUCGCUGCAUCACAUACAUGCACUCUGUCGGAAUCAAGCGCGUAUUCUGGACCACGAUAUCAGGCACAUGGACCGGAUCCAAGGUGCGCGAUCUAGUCGAUAGUCUGGACUCGUGCAGCUUGGAGGACACAGGGCAUGAGGGUGACGACGAGCUUGGAAACACUGGCAUGUUCGUCACAAAGCACGAAGUAUUGCGAAUGAGAAAGGCCAUGCGCGGAGAAGAUGGUGUUGAGGUUUGA